CCUCGAGAGAAGUGUGUUGUGUUGUAUUGUAUUGUAUUGUGCUAAUUCGCUGGAAGCAGCAUUGAAGUUCUUUCUUUCGGCAAUGGUAUGCUUGCUGCUCCUCCCUCCCAUGGGACCAACCAACCAAGCAUAUCCCCGGCCUUCCUCCUUCGUCGCCGUCAUCGUCGUCGUCCUUCUCUGUGCGUUCCGUGGUUUCCUUCCUUUCUUUCUUGGGCAGAUACCUCAUCUUCGAACCCAUCAAUCAGUCAAGCCGCUCACGCUUCCAAUCCAACCCACCCCUUGGCUAGGCACUUACCCCGUCUUCUGAGCGUCCGUCCGUCUUGAGCCUCCUCGGCCUCACGCAAUCCGGCGACCCUGUCCGUCUCCUGCAAGCACUGCACUGCGCAAACCCAACCAACGUCUC